UUGUGAUGAAACAAGGGCCAGUGGUGGAGCUGUCAAGACUCGUGAUAUGCAACGGAAACUGUGUCGUUUUGUAAAGGGAGGAGAGUGAUAAAUUUUGGUUUUAGGGCUAGAAUAGAAUAGAAUACCAACCAGUUUCUUCCGAUAUGUUAUCAAGAGAACAGCUGCUUUAUUUAUUCGACCGAUUCAAUACUCUCACUUCUCAGCCUGAUGUCAAGAAACGAAUUGCAGAUGCUGUCAACGAUAAUCAGGAAGCUGUAGCUGUGACUACUGCUAUCCAGGAGGAAAUACUUAAAGAAAUGGGAGUUGAUCCGACUCAUGGCCUUGCUUGCUUGGGGAAAAUAAAUAUGGAAUAUGAAAAUGACCAGGAUUUGAUGAUCAGCUUCUAUAAAUUUGUAGCCAAAGAAGAGAUGGUGUGUGAAGAAGCAGAACUCGGCCCAGAUGAAUAUGCGGAGAGAUUGCAAUCGCAGCAGACUCUCCACCAACAGCAACUGGAGAUGUUGAAACACAUGCGUAAUUAUGGCGCAGAUGAUCAGUCUGCUAUCUUAGAAAAGCUGCGACAGAAAAUGGAGAAAGAAUUUGAAAGCGAAGCAUCACUAUUAUCGGUGGAGGAAAUCAAGGAGAUCGUUGAAAGUAGAGCAUAGAGAGAGGCCUUUGAAUCUUUCAUUGUUUUGGAUGUUAACUUAAACUCUGUUGUUAACAUUUUUUUUAAUUUUUUUCAAGUAUUGUAUUUGAAUAUUUGUUCAGUGUUCUUUUGUAAGUUGUAAUCUUGUAUCACAUUUGUUACUGCUACCUCCACCUGUAUUUUUAUAUAAUCUUUUUUUU